GGGUCAGUCCUACAGAGUAGAUAUUAAUAUACCAAGUAAUGGAGGUUUGUGUGGUGCCCAGUUUUGUUGUGAGUGGAAACUUCUCCAAAGAAUACAACACAAAGUUGAGCUUAUUCAGCAGGUAAUUUCAUUGUACAUUACAACACUCUUAAUUUCUGUUGACUUCUUAUUAGUAAUUGCAAUGGAGACGCCUAGAAAAUAAUUUUUGAUACUCAUACGUCUAUUUAGUUACGUUCAAAUUGUAAUAAAAAAUUUUCCAUAAAUAUAUUUUUCCUUCUCUAAAUUUGGAUUUGUUUAAUCAGAACAGUCUAUAAGCGUAGUAUUUUUUAUGUUGUUGCUUAAAUUAAUUUGGGUGUAUGAUGAGAAAAAAGGUGCUUCAAAUAAAGCUGAAAAAUUUGUGUAUCGGUAAAGAAUGACUAUUUUAACAAAUGUUUUAAUUUUUUUUAAUCUAGUAACAAGUUCUCAAUGCAUGUUACAGCCAUGAUGCUACAUAUUGUUUUAUAAAUUAUAUUUUAACGAGAAUAAGAAUUUUAAACUUAAAAAUGGUGUAAUUUUUUUUAAAACUUUAAGAAUAAAUUAAAUUAAUGUGUUUUAAUAAUAAUUUGUUAAUAUCUUUUGUUUUGCAGAGGCUAAAAAAUGCAGAUAGUAUGACUUCGUUUCUUCAGGAGUUUGUACACAUAGCAGUAAGUUUUUUUGUUUUUUUCAUUCCUUUAUAUUCAUUCAAGGUUGAAGAAGUUUUAAACAUUAACCCUUUCAUUAACGCUGGUUUUGUGGGCAUUGAUUUUUGCUGACUCAACAAUAAAAAAAACUUGAAGAGAGUUCCGGUAUUUUUCAUUCUCUAACCGAUUCGCUUAUUAACUUCUCUAUAGAUUAACAAAGAAAGAAAUAUAGAGCAUUGAAAUAUGACAUCGACGUGACAUCCUUGGUAUUUCAGAUAAGUGCUUUGCCUCUUUGUUUUGACGACAAUGUGGCUUUCCUUAGUAAUUGAAAGUGGGUGAUCAUGACGUCGCGUAUCAUGGCGUCGCGUCGACGUUAUCGGUAAUGAAAGGGUUAAAUAUAAAAUCAAAUCAUGUGCACUGUAUCAAAUGAAGAAAAUAAAGCAAAGAAAACAUUUAAACAGAAAUAAUUUCCCCAUACCUUUUAAAUCACAAUUUCUUUCCGAAAUUCUCCUUUUGCUUUAUUUUCUUCAUUUUGGGUAAAGUGCACAGUUUUAUAAAAGCUGUUAAUUACACAACUUGUUAAUGGGUACUGCAUAUAACAGUAUUUAUUCUGAAACAACAGAACAAUUUUGACCCAUGUCUUACAACCACUAUUAUUUAUUUACUCUUUAUUUUAGGGCUGUCAGGGUGUUUACUCUUUUAUUUUAAGUUGUCAAGGUGUCGACUUUUUUAUUUUAGCUUGUCACGAUUUCCUCUCUUUUUGUAUGAUUGUUUUGUAAUGCCAGAACCAGGUAACAAAUUGUUAAAUGACUGAAGGCUUUUAGUCAACAAAUGUUUGCAAAGGAUUGUAGGAAAUUGUGAAAAUUGAUUUAACAUUGACUGAGGGGUUCAAAACUGAGAUGGCAGAACUGUAUCUGAUGUAAACUUAACUGUAAUAGGGAGAAUAGGAUCAUGUUUUAAAUUGAAUUAUUCCCAUCAAAUUUACAUCCAAGACCUCAGACUUGUUUUAUUUAUUUUAUUUGUAUGAGAAAAAUUAUUGCCCUUAUCACCCACCCAGGAAAGUUGUGUAAAAGAGCACUCUAUAGAAACAGAUAUUUGGUCCCUGCAAACUAGUCAGAUACUCCAACAGAUUGAGGAACUUGGUUGGGAAAAGUAUGCAUGUUUUUUUGUUGUUGUUUUUGCAUGACUUAUUAGAUUACUCUUAUUUGUUAAAUUUUAGAACAUCACUUUUUUUGUUAAUUUGUUCAAAUUUAAUUUUAAAAAUUAAUGUUUAUUUAUUUGAAAACUUUUUUUUCUUAAAAAUAAAUAAAACAUGCUUAAAAAUAACCAUGUGCCUUCUACAAAGAAUGUAAACAAGUUCUUCCACUUCUAAGGAAAUUUCAAAACUAAGAUUUUCAAUUUACAUAUUGUCAACCUGAGAAUAUACAGGCAUGCUUGAUAAUGACAACAUUCAUUAGAUUUAAUAUUUUUUGAAGAUAUUUUGAAAAUCAUUUUCCAUUUUUACUUCUAAAGAACUUAAUGUUUCCUUGAUAUCAAAUGCUGCUCUAUUUAUUUAGGUGUUUAUUUUAAUGGUUAGCUUGUUUCACUUUCAGUCUUGUAAGUAUAGAUGAGAGUUUGUCUCAUCUGGAAUUCGGAUUAUAUGAUAAUGCUGCUAGAUGGCACAAGAUACAAAUGAAAUUCAAUACAAAGGUAAAUAAUUUUGUUUAACAUCUUAGUACAAACAACAUUUUUAAAAUAGGAAUUAAAUUAUACAUUUUUAAGUAACCAUUUCUGACCAGCCAGAAAAGCGUACCACCUUUUCUGCAUAUGGAUUGACGAUUUGCUUUUUAGCAUAAACACCCUGAAACUUCUCCCGGCAUUGGCAUUCGAGUUGCUCAUUUUUCAUCCCUGCUAUUUCUAAGAACUGUGGUCCAGUAAAACAAAUUUUGCUCAUUAAGUAUUUAUUUUUUAAUUAAAUUUUCCAUUCAAGGUAUUGAUGACCUUAAAAGAAAGCAAAUUGGCUGCUUUGGCUUCUGAAAAGACCACUUUAAAAAAAGGUUGGGGGAAAUAUGUGCACCAUUAAACUGGAAAAUGUUGUUCUAAAAUAUAAUUCACUAUUUGACAGGAUCCCAACACACCAGCAAUCUGUGAGACCAGCUUGCCUGAAAUAUUCCAUUUUAGUUGGUCUGGAAAGGUAAUAAUUUCUACUCAUGGAGUGUAUUUAUUUAAUAUCUGUUUUAUCUAAGCCCUAUUGCUGAGCUAUUAUCUUUUAUUGUAAAAGAUAAAUUGUUGUAAAAUCCUUGUAGAAAAUUUUUGGUGCUGGUGUAAAAAAACUAUUUUUUCACAGACUUGUCUGAAACAUAUUUUCCAAGAAUUCCAAGCAGCUGUCAGUUCCUAUCAACAUUUCUGGGAUAUAAUGCAAGAGAUUGAUGAUAAGUGUUGGGUGCUGGAACCAGAACAGCCAACCUUUGCUGACACCAGAAGGAGGAUUGCUAUAGGUGGGUGGAUAAGUUACCUAUUGUCAUCAAUAACAGUCAAGUGACAAUUUAAAAACAUGUUAGUUGAUGUAAUGUGUCAGAUAGAUUUUAAAUGGCAUUUGAACUUAUUUAUUUUAAAUAAUCAAACAGUUUUUAAGCCCACUGUUAAUUGAUUUAGUUAAUUGUAAUUUAUUUCAGGACCAAAUUUAUCAAUUCAGAUAAAUGUCAACUGUGGCCAGCCCUCAACAUUCCCAGAGUGUCGUUUUUUAGGCACUCACUCUGGUGGGUCUUUUUAGUACCGGUAGUCGAAAAUUAAUGUAUUAUUUUAUGUCACGAAUUGCUCUCAAUAACAGGGCCCUAAGAUUAUCUUUCUUGUCAAUUAAAUUAGUGACAAACAAUGUCAAUAGAGAUGUUUAGAAACUACUUGGAGUUUAUAUUUAUUUUUUUAAUAAUUUCAGCUAUCUCUGAGCUAAGAGAAAAACUCAAUGUCAACUUACACAUGUGGUGAGUGUUGUUUUGUUUAGCAUUGUUCCUUAUCCAGUUAAACUAUUUUGAGUAGUAUUAGUCUUGCCAUGUGUAAGCAAGGUAAACUGCUAUUUACUACUAUCCUAGUUUAAUAGAUGGUGUUUUGGCCUUUCUUAAUACUUCACGCACUAAACUGCUUAUCUCUUAUAUAUAUUUUGCUUCUGGUGUGGCUGCUUCCUUGUAGCAACUGGCCCUCCCCUUAGUCAACAUGUUUCAUAUUAAUUGUACUGGGUGAAAAAAAAAAGCUGUUAACCAUUGAGCGUCAUGCGUGACAGUUGAACCCAGUUAAGAAGGUAGAUUUUUUUCAGAGGCGACAAUUAUAUUAAUAAUGAGCAAUGGGUAUGGUGUAGGACAGUCUUUAGGCCUAUUGUUUAAAUGCCGGCAGUUAUGGUGUAGGACAGUCUUUAGGCCUAUUUUGUAAAGGCAGGCAUAUAUUAUAGAAAAUGAGAAGCUAACUUUUUUCUUUUGUAACACUUGGACCCACCGAGUAUUUUCUCCUGGUGUAAAAAACUGCCACCCAGUUAAGCCCUAGUUUGAUAUAUUUUACUUCUCACCCAAAAAUAAAUACAUUAAAAUCAAUGAUAUAAGACAAGAAUUAAAUUAUAUGGUUUAUUACCUUAAAUGCAUUCAAAGCUGCUUAAGGAGUUCAACUAUUGCUUUCUAUUUGGAACUCCAUUAAAUUCUCAGUAACUCAUCUCUUAUAUAUGUAUAUGCUUCUGGUGUGACUGGUGGACUGCUUCAUAACAAGCUGGCUGCUUCUUAUUCAGCAUAUUUGGUAUUGAGAGUAUAUUACAAAUAAUUUUAUAUGUUUGAAAGAAAGUAUGGUUCAAUAUUGAGUUCAGUAGCACACAAAAUAUAAUUCCCGAUAACUAUACUAAAUUAUUAAUUUUUUUUUUAAUAACGCAACUGCGUUUGGUGCAUAAUAUUUUCUUUUCGGAAAAUAGUAUCGUCUCAAUUCUAGUACGGUGUAAGUGUAAAAAAGUGGUUGGGACAUUAGAAUAUUUAAUAUAGUUCAGGGGCUUGAAAUAAAAAGUGUGCAGUGACGUAUCUUGGGGGAAGGGGUAUAGCAAAAAUUGGAAUUCUUAAAUUGUGUGUUUCUUGAGUUAAUGUUUUGCCAAGUAACUUUAGUAGAUGGGAAAUUCGCGAAUUGCUGUCGCCAAUGUUUGGAAGGCUAUAUCUAGUUAAAAAAUAUUUUGCUAAGUUUAUGCAGGAAGAAAUAAAAUAGCCUCAUGAAGUAAAUCUGAUACAAGAGGAACAUUUUGUGGGGCAAUAUUUUAAAUUUGACAGAAAUUGAAAGACUUCCUCAUUAUAGAAACGCCCUCAUAAAACUCUAAUAAUUUUUCUUCAUAAACUUGUUAGAUAAAUAAGAAUUUGAAAUAUAAACAAAAGGCUAAACAUUUUAAAAUCAGAUUUCUACUAUCUAUAAUAUGUUGGCCUAAAAAGGACUACUACAUCCCUAAUCAUAAAUGUAAAAAAUGUUUCAGGGAUGCUGAGAGAUCAUUGUUGAGAAACCUCCAAGAAGUUUUAGAUCUAGACUUUCCAAGUCGAACUGAAACUAGGAUAGAGGUGAAUAAUUGGACGAUUGUGUUCGAUAAAAAAUUUCCCAUAGUCGUCAUUCGCCCCCCGCCCCCCCUGACCCUAAGAGCCUAUUCUAAAUAUUCUGCAUUCCCAUUCAGAACAAUAUCUUACUGUGCAGAAUAUUUUAAAUCAUUUAUAGGCAAAAGGGAAUGGCUAAUUAUAGAAAUAUGCAAAGUUACUGAAAAUAACGUCUACAUUACAGAAAAAUGAAGGCAAACUUAUAUUUCUUUUAAGCCAGAAUUAUAUCUUGCUAAAAGAAAUCAUAUGACUUGACUCUUGGUUUAAUUCAUAGUUUGGGAAGACCUGUGCUAACAAGAAAUAAAUAUGUGUAAAGUCAUAUUCCACACAGACAAACCCACACUGCCACACAUUAAUAACAUAACCCUAACACCAUGACAGCUAAAAAGUUGAGAUAAGUUUAGUUUUUUUAAAUUUUGAAGCGAGCAUCAAAUAACAUGACAAUGAAGAUCUGGUUUCAAUUUCACAAUGCCGUUGGUGGGGAAUAAAAUACAAAAAUUCUUCUUUAUUUGUGUGUGUAAAAUGUCAAAGGCUUAUUUCCUAUCCAGGAACUGACUGUUGAUUGUGGCAUUUGCUACUGUCACCAUCAACAACAAGAAAUACCAGAAAUAGUUUGUGAG